AUGGAGCCUGUUAAGAAAAAAAAUAGUCAGCAGACCACUCUUGAUUCAGAAUUAGAAGAGGCGGAAGAGGCAAAUCAAGACUGGUCACAAGUCGCAUCACUCAUAAGCAAAAACACUUUUCUUUCACUUCCAAAAAGAGGCGAAAAGGACUAUGAGCCAGAUGGUACUGAUAUACAAGAACUACUUCUUUAUCAAGCAAGCAAGGCAAUGUUUGAUACCAUAUCAGAUUCCAUUAGAGGCACCACCGUAAAAUCACAAGUGAGAGGAUACUAUGUACCACAUAAGCAUCAAGCAUUUUUGCCAAAACCAAAAGGUAAUUUCAUGCAAACAAUGGGAAGAGCUGAUAGAACAGGCGGAUACUGGCUUGAGUUUCAUGAAUUCGUUUAUUUGGCAGAGAGGGGUACAAUCCUUCCUUAUUAUAGGUUGGAAGCGUACUCUAACGAAGAAAAUUCAACUCAAAAUAUUGAAAUUCUACUUAGUAUGGAAGACCUGUAUUCAUUAUUUUCAACACAACAAGAAAUGGAUCAAUACUUUGUGUUUGCUCAUUUGAAAAGAUUAGGUUUUAUACUAGAACUGUGUGAUAAAGACACAGGUGUUAAAACUUCCUUCUUUCCUUUACAAAGGCAACGAAACAAUUUGCAAUCAAUUACUUGCAGAUUAUUUUCCCUUUUCAAAAUACAAGAGAUAUCACUUUUUAGUGGUUUCUUUUACUGUAACUGGAAUUUUUUUUUUCGUAAGUACACAACGUCACCACAAUUAUAUCAGGGUUUAAGUAAGCUUAUUCAUUCUGUGACCGUGCCUAAAUGUAGAAAGGAGUUAUUGAGCGCAAGAUUUGAUGCAGAAUUUCAUCAAAAGGUAAAAUAUACUCCAGUGACAUUUAAGGUUUGGAAACCCCAUCCUAAUUUUAAAAAAGGGAACCCUGGCCUUCCUGAUUUCCAAGUUUUAAUUUAUAAUAAAAACGACGAUCUUCAACAUUUUCCUACAUAUAUGGAACUGCGAUCUAUAUUUGCCUCCCUUGAUUAUAAAUUUGAAUUUCUGAACGAAGUCGAAGACGAUCUCAAUUGGGACGCAAACACCUAUGUUGAAGGGAUCCCGCGAAGCGAAUACAAUCACAAGACGAGCACUAGGUCUUCAAAUCAAAAGAGAGCACAGUCUCUAAAAUCUUUAACAGAAUCCAGUCCCGAAAAAAAGAAUGUGCAACCUAGUGCCAAAAAGAAAUCAAGAACAUAUCCACCUCAUAUACAGCAAACCCGUAGAUUAAAGGCAGGUUAUCGGAGUUUCAUUCUCGCGAUUAUGGAUAAUGGCCUGAUUACCUUUGUGAAAAUGUCGGAAGCUGAUUUCGGAUCCGAAAAUGUAUGGUAUUCAGCUAACACUCAAAGCAAACUAGAUCGAAAAUGGAGAAAGCAUAAAAAGAACUUUAGCUGA